AUGUAUGCAAAAACAUUUUCAGAGGCCUCAAGAGCGCACAUCAAAAAGAAUGAACACAAGAAAAGUGAUGACGCCGAAGAUGUUAACUCCUCUGAAAAGCACGAUCACUCAGAUACCAGCCGCGAUAAAUUGACUACUGAUGAAGUUAAUUCCGAAAGCAAAAGUGAACAUGAUGGCAAUGGAAGUGCAGAUACGGCUUCAUCAAGUCAGGGUAAAAGGAAUUUCUCAGACGUCGAUGAAGACGAAUUUGAUGAUUGUGAUGAUGUCAAGAAGAAAAAACGAAAGGAAGUAGAUGCUGGCAAAGAUUCUAAAUCCACUUCAGCUGCACGUCUACCCGGCCGCACUGAGAAGGCAAUCAAGCAAACGACGGCGGCUAAGGGUUCACCGAAUCCUAGUAAAAACUCGAAUUCAACAGAAAAAGAGCAGUCUGACUUAACAAAAACUGGAUUCGCAAAACAAUUUGAGGGCGAUACUGAGGAUGAGGAAUUCAAAAUGUCAGACUCUUUAUAUAGUGGCGGUUUGAAAGUACCACCUUUGAAAAUUGUCAUUCCACAACAGAACUGUUCUAUAGAUACAGAUGGAAAUGUAUCGCGCACGGGAAAAAUUAAUACAUCUCGCAAUGCUGCCCUACCCUAUGUAGUGAGUUCAAACACAAAUGAUUCCAGCGAACGUGAAGCCCAAUGCAGCAGUCCAAAUGAGAGUCCCAUUAAAAUUAACAACAUGUGCACUGUUAUGGAUGAAAAGAAUAUGAAAUUGUUAAAUGAGGAAAAAAAUCUACAUCGUGUGCUUCGCAGCUCACAUCGGAGUGGCAUUACCAGCGCUGAGCGUAGUUCCAAUAAUUCUUCACCACAAAUGCAGAGCAGCUCACCAUCGCCAGCAUCAUCGAAUGCUAACGAAGGUAAUACAGAAAACAAGCUUUCGUUUACAAACGUCAGCGCAAGUCCGAUACAACAGAACCAAACAUAUGAAAAUGAGAAUAUCGUUAAUUUGCCAAGUCCCUCCACGUCAUCGACCUCUUCAUCGAAGGAUGUACAUUCGCAUAGCGUCGAAUUGCAUCCACGUAAGCGUAAAAUACGCUCAAAACACGAUGAUAAUCACAAUAACAAAAAUAAUGGCAAUCAUAAUUCAAAUACAGAAGCAUCUUCGACCAUUUCAGAAACACAUUCACAUGAUUUUCCAUUUACAAAUUGUUUCCAAAUGUAUCUUAAUAUACGUAGGCAGAUUGAGAAAAAGUGGCGAAACAUUUAUCCCAUUAAACCGAGACCACCGCAAGGUUAUAAUGAAUAUUUACUAAACAAGAAAACCUAUCUACUUGCGAGUAACGAGAAGAAGGUUGAAACUGUAACGCCAGGUACGAUACCGGCAAAAAUGCAAGAAAUUUUUAGUAUCCAAGAACAAGAGCGCAAUGAAUUGCUACAGCGUCAUAUAGUAGAACGCGAAAAAUUGUGCUUGAAUGUUGAACAGGAAAUGAUACGAGUUCACUCGAAGGCUGCGCGUAAUAUUUCAUGUCAACCCGUACCAUAUUCAGUAUGCACGCUACUUAAAGAUCAAGAAGUCUAUAAUAUACCGACAUCUGAGCAGGAAGAAAAGGAUAAAAAUGCGCGAUAUCGUUUCAAUGGGCGGCAACUAUUAAGCUGGUUGCAGGAUGUCGACGAUAAAUGGGAUAAAAUAAAGGAAGCUAUGGUUUUGCGCCACCAUAAUGAAGCUGAAAGCCUGCAUGCCGUACAGAUGAUGAAUUGGGAUAUCGAACAGAAGAAACAUAAGUUAUGGGAUUACAAAUGUGAAACUGCAAUUGAUAAGAAUCAUGUACCUAUAGUACAUGUCAGCGAUGACUUUGAUCUUUUACCAGCAUAAAUUUUAUCAAUAAAAUGAUAUGAAAACAUAAAUAUAUACAUA